CCGUCCUUGGGGAUUACAGUAAGUUACCUCCCAAUCACGGCCAAAAAUACUCUACCGUUGGAAAUAUGCCUCUGAGCACCUUCCUCCCCCUCCUCUACGAGAUCAACGACACAUACGAAGGUUCGCUCACCCAUAUACCCGCCCGCCCACCAACCCAAUUAUAAUCCCCCCCCCAAAUGAAACUUGCAACCCCCGCCUCCGUACGGGCUAGGACACAAAAAUGAACAGACAGACUAACUAAUAGAACCCGCUCCCCCGCCCGGCGGCCCACCCCCAUUCCCCACCCUUCCAGAAUCCGUAACCCUCUUCGCUACCAAACCCCCAUCCAAGGACCUCGGCUUCCUGAAUCCCAAAUCCCCCUCCGUUGAGAUCACCAUCGGUUCACAGGACCUGACGAUCCUGCAGUCACCUAGCGUGCUCUCAUCCUCCCGUGAUGGCGGGACGACCGGUGCCGGUAUCGUAUUACCUACCCCCCCCCCCCAACCACACACACCCACAAUGCAUUAUCCCAUUGCAAUCUACUUUCUAACUAGCACAAAAAAAAAGUCCUCUGGAAAGUAACGCCCCUCUUCGCAGCCUACCUUUCGCAUCCUGAAAACCCAUUCUUUAGUCAUGGGGUUUUGAGCUCGAGGUCUACCAUCUUGGAACUUGGCUGCGGCGUUGCGGGCGUGCUUGGGUUGACGCUUGGGGGUAGUGGGAAGGUUCGGGGGUACUUUCUCAGCGAUCAGGAGUAUGUGUUGAAGCUGUUGAGGAGAAAUUUGGAGGAGAACACGCCGCCUCCCGUUGCCCCGCGCAAGGGAGGUGCGAGGGUGAAGGGGGGUACCAUGGUUAGGACUCUCGCCAUGGAUUGGGAAAAGGAUCGGAUCACCCGGGAGCACCCGGUGCUUAAGGAAGGGGUGCCGUUUGAUGCGGUGAUUGCUUGCGACUGUAUAUAUAAUGAGGCGUUGGUGGAGGGGUUUGUCGAGGCGUUGGAGGAGGCCUGUAGGGAACUUUCGGCCGCCUCUGGGGGAAGACAUGGUGGUAGCAGACUUUCGGAGGAAGCGGGGGAGGAGGAGAUAAAGCCAACCUUGGCAAUAGUUUCCCAGGAGCUCCGAUCCCCAGAGGUAUUCGAAGCUUGGCUCGAGAGGUUCCACAGAUCCUUUCACGCGUAUCGCGUUCCCGACUCGCUGCUCACGCCCGAGAUAAACUCCUCCUCUGGCUACUGCAUACACGUCGGAAUUCUCCGAGACUAA